AUGAGUUCAAACAUGAUGGACACUGAGAAAGGUGGUGAAUCGACUCAAUAUGAGAGUAUUCAUACUGUCACCAAACCGCAUAGCAAGCAGAGCGGACAGCUUGGUGGCGAUGUACCUGGAACGACCGUCGAUGACAAUUCUGGCGUCGACAGUGAUCGAGCGAAGCAGACUACAGAGAAUAUCAGAUAUGGACAGAACAUCUCAGAGUCAGGCGUUGGAGGUAUGACCACUACUUCUACUGGCUCAGCUAACCAAGAAGGCGGUUAUGGCGGCACAGAAGCACAACAGAAGUUGGAGGACAGUGACCAGAACCCACGAACAUCGCAGCAAUAUUCUGCAAAGAGUGGCGUACAUGACCAUAAUGUCGGAGCUUGA